UAAUCAUAUUCUAAAUAAAAUCGUACUAGUCACAUCUACGUAAAAAUAAUUUAAGUACCAAAGUAAUUUGUGGGAGACAUAUAGUUGAUUGUUUAAUUAAAAUCUGAUUUCCUUUAUUUUGAUAUUAGUUUGAGUAAUCAAAUGUACGAAUAGUUUAGAUUGUUUCAGUUGUUUUCAUCAAUAUUCUUUGAUUAAAAUUUAUUCUAUUAAUUUGAAUCAACAUGAAAUUAACACAAAAAAUUGAAUAACCAAUAGUAAUAUGGGUAUCUAAUUAGAACUAAUUCUUUGUAGUACUUAAUUAUAAUUUGCAAAAAAAUAUUGUGCUGUUAUUACAUAAUUAAAAAAACAUACAUAAAGGAAAAUUUCUAUUUUUGCUGGAAACCUAAGACUCAUUUUAGCAAAGUGAAAAAUGGAGAAAAUGCUACUGAUGCGAUCUUUGUAUCGAUCGGUAUGCCGUAGAUCUACGGUCUUCUCCGGCGCCGGCGCCAUAACCUCCGCCGUCAACCAUCAGUCACUCCGGCACCGCCAUUUCUCACCAGAGUCUUUCUCAUCUUCUUCGAGGAACCCUGUUACUGAAUGUCAGCAUCCUUUCACGAUGGCAAUGGGUAGCAUGCGUUAUUUCAGUGAGGAUGUAUCUCACAUGCCUAAUAUAGAAGAUUCGGAGGUUAAACGUGCUUUUAAAGACUUAAUGGCUGCAAGCUGGGAUGAGCUCCCAGAUGCUGUUGUCUACGAUGCAAAGAAUGCACUAUCCAAAAGUACUGACGACAAGGCUGGCCAGGAAGCUUUGGCGAAUGUUUUCCGCACUGCUGAGGCAGUUGAGGAGUUCAGUGGGAUGAUCACAUCUCUGAAAAUGGAACUUGAUGAUGCUAUCGGUUUAAGUGGUGAGGAUGUGAAGCCUUUGUCAAAAGAAUUCUCUGAUGCACUGCAAACCGUAUUUCAACGCUACAAUGCAUACAUGAGUGCCUUUGGGCCAGAGGAGGAAUAUUUGAGGAAGAAAGUUGAGAUGGAGCUGGGGACUAGGAUGAUACACCUAAAGAUGCGAUGCAGUGGCCUUGAUUCUGCAUGGGGAAAGGUUACGGUACUUGGGACUUCUGGACUUGCUGGUUCUUAUGUUGAGCAAAGAGCAUAGACCUUCCAUCAUGGCAGAAAAAACACCAUGUUUUUGUCUUGAAUCACCUGGAAAACUGUUGUUUUAGAUAAUACAGGUUGCUCCAAUAUGAUCCGUUAUGUUGUACUUGGUUCUCAGGUUUGAUCAUGUGAUUACUAGAACAGGCAAUUGAUAUAAUAAUCCUGAAAACUUGUGCAAGGAAAUACUUUCUUUUGUAUUCAGAAAGUUCUAAUCUUUGUUUGUUCAAUUGCUCUUUUACGUCAAA